AUGGCACUCAAUGUAGUAGAUUCGGCGUUGAAUAAGUUUAACGCCGCGACUGAUCGUAUCAGUCACUUUGUGGCGCGACUUAACAAGCCUUCUACUAACAGCCCGUCCCUGUACACGUGCCAGGUCCGGAGGGACCAGAUGCGUGCCUUGUGGGACAAGGUCGAGAAGGAGUACGAGGCUUGCUCCUGCGUCAUGUCGGAUGAAAUGACGACAGACGAGUUGCCUACUAUUCAGGCAAAAUAUGAUUACUGCUAUCUUCUCUAUGAGCAGUGUUCUGCUCAGUUAAGUGAGCAAAUAGCUGAUGCCUCCCAGGCACUCACUCCCCGUACACCCGUACAACCGCAAGCCGUGCAGUUCAUGUCCACAAGGUGUCGCUUACCUCCGUGCGACACCGAAGUUUUCGGAGGCGAUUACACUCGCUGGCCCACCUUCCGAGACUUAUUCACGGCUAUUUACAUCCAAAACCCAAGACUGUCGGAAGUUGAGAAACUUUUCCAACUCAACUCCAAGACCAGCGGUGAAGCCCACGCCAUUGUGUCAAAGUCUCCUUUGACCAAUGAAGGGUUUCAGUCGGCGUGGUCCAGCUUGACUGAGCGUUUCCUCCAGAUGGGUAUCAAUGAUAGGGUCAAUUAUAUAAAGCAACAGAAGCUGUGUCUAAAUUGUGCGCACAGCUGCUUUACUUGCAAGGGUCGUCAUCAUACACUCUUGCAUCGAGUGAGCCCGGCGCCGACAGUCACAACCCCCAUUCCAUCUCCAAUACAGUCCACUUCCACCCAGUCAGCUAACGUCCAAUCUUUCAUGGCAGUUAACACACAAGGUGUUCUGCUCAGUACAGCUGUCAUUCACGUAUGCCAUCUCGGCGUCCGCUAUACAGCUCGGGCUCUGAUCGAUUCCGGAUCAGAAGCCACCUUCCUCUCAGAAAAGUUGUUCAAGCGCUUGAGGAUGCCACCCGAUUUGCAGAUCGAGGCGUCGGCGUACGUCCUCCCCCAGUUAGCGGGGAAUCUGCCCUCAUGUACAGUCCCACAAACACUCCUCGACAAUCUGCCCAGCAUCCAGCUGGCAGAUCCCAAAUUCUUUGAGAGUUCGCAGAUUGAUGUGCUACUAGGCGCUGAUAUCCUCCCGUCCAUUCUGCUCGUCGGCUCUCACCCUAACAUUUGUGGGACCCUCCUCGGUCAAGAGACCAUUUUCGGUUGGAUCCUGACUGGCCCUGUGUCGGGAUCCAUUUCAAAGUCCAUUUCGUCCUUUUCGGCUCGACUGUCCGUCGAGCGAACUCCGCCAUUGGAGGAAAUCCUCUCCAAAUUUUGGGAGGUGGAGGACCUGCCGGCUAGCCCAGCGAAAGAAUCUGACCUUUUCUGUGAGGCUAACUUCAACGCCACGACCGUGCGAACCUCAACGGGUCGCUACAGGGUCACGCUCCCAUUCCGCGAUCCUGGUCACGUUGACCUGGGUCACUCGAGGGCUACCGCUCUCGCUCAGUUCCUGAGAAACGAGAGCCGUUUAAAGAGGAACGACUCUCUGAAGGAACAAUAUGACUCCGUUAUUCAAGAGUAUCUGGAUUUGGGUCACAUGACUCAAGUCCCCCCAUCCAGUUCCGGCAACUACUAUUUGCCGCAUCACGCUGUCCUCAAGCCCGACAGCACCACCACAAAGCUUCGCAUUGUAUUCAACGCCUCCAGCCCGACUUCAAACGGGAAGAGUCUGAACGACAUCCUCCACACUGGGCCAAUCCUUCAAUCCGAUCUAACCAUUCAAAUCCUGAAAUGGAGGUUUUUCCAAUUCGUCUUCAACGCUGACAUCACCAAGAUGUAUCGGCAAAUCCUUGUGGAUCCCAAACACACCCGGUUUCAAAGGUUGCUCUUCCGUACUCGAGACGAGAAGUUAUGCGACUUUGAACUCAACACAGUCACCUUUGGAGUGAACUGUGCUCCGUACCUGGCUAUUCGCGUUCUGCAUCAACUUGCGAGUGAUGUUCGCGGCCGGUACCCCCUAGCUAGUGACAUCAUCGCCAAUUAUAUGUACGUUGAUGACGUUCUAGCAGGAGCUCACACUAAGCAGGCGGCGGUGUCUGCUAUAGAUGAGCUUCGAACAGCGCUCGAGAGUGCUGGGUUCCCUUUGCGUUGGCUUGCUCCCGUGGUCAUUUGGGCCAAGAUUUUCAUGCAGGAAAUCUGGAAGCAAGAAAUCGGCUGGUACAACUCCUUACCGGCGGAUCUCACAGAGCAGUGGACCAGUUUUCUGCAAAACUAUUCGUCCUUGCAGGACAUCCGCAUUCCUAGAUGGACCAAGUACACUACCGGCGCAAGAAUCCAAUUCCACGGUUUUUACGACGCCUCUCAGAGCGCGUAUGGAGCCGCUCUUUAUGCACGUGUGGAAACAGCUGGACAAGUGUCCGUGAGCCUCCUAGCAGCGAAGACUAGAGUUGCACCUAUCAAGACGGUCUCUCUACCUCGUCUUGAGCUGUGCGGAGCUCUCCUGUUGGCAGAAUUAUCCGCCGCCCUCCUACCACAUUUUCCCGCCCACAUUUUCUGGCAUGGCUGGAUAAGCAGCCAUGCAACCGAUCUGGCGAGCCGCGGUGUCUCGCCGCAAGAGCUAUUGGCCAGUCACCUUUGGUGGAAGGGGCCUGAAUGGCUGAUGCACUCACCAGCGCAGUGGCCUUCAUCAGUCAUUGGACUCGAUACUGAAUUGAAGUGUCGAGCGGUGAAGGUCCAUGCAGCGCAAGUCCUGUGUGAGGACUUCCUCGACCGUUUCUCCAGGUUCGAUCGAGCGCUCCGAGUGUUUGCGUAUGUGCGAAGGUUUGCCCAGCGUUUCCGCCAUCCCAAGGUCUCGUUUCCAGAGACGCUCAGCUCUCAAGAGCUUGCAGAAGCUCAAGAGAGGCUGAUUGUACAGGCUCAGAAUCGGGUAUAUACGAAAGAGUGUGCUUCCCUCCGAUCCCAUAACCGCUUAAUCGGGUCAAGCGAUAUCCUAAGCUUGAAUCCGUUCCUUGACAAGCAAGGUGUCCUGCGUUCCUGUGGACGCGUAAGGGCGUCCACCUCCUUAUCCUACGACGAACGGCAUCCAAUAAUACUCCCGUUCGGCUGCGUGUUUUCACGCCUCCUGGUUUCCUUCACGCAUCAAGUCUCCCUCUAUGGAGGCAACCAAUUGGUGAUGCGGCUGGUCCGAACCAAGUUCUGGAUUCCCAAGCUAAGGAACUUGGUGAAGACAGUAAUUGGCGCAUGCAAGACCUGCGUGAUACAUCGCCGCAAACUCCAGUCGCAGCUGAUGGGCAAUCUCCCAACCGCUCGCACGAAGGCAAUCCAUCUUGAAGCGACCACGGAUCUGACAGCGGAAAAGUUCUUGGAAGCUUUUUCCCGAUUCGUGGCACGGCGCGGGUGCCCUCUUCACAUGUACUCUGACAACGGGAAAACGUUCGUCGGAGCCUCCUCCAUUCUCUCCAAAGAUUUUGUGGAGAGCACCCGCACCCUGAUUCUCACCACUCACAGCCAUCAAAGUCUUGCAUGGCAUUUCAACCCACCGGGAGCCCCUCACAUGGGGGGUCUCUGGGAAGCAGGCGUCAAGAGUUUCAAGGCGCAUUUCUAUAAAACGGUUUCCUCCGUUAAACAUACGUUCGAGGAACUUUCCACCCUUCUGUCCAAAAUCGAAGCGUGCCUCAAUUCGCGGCCUCUGUCUCCUAUGUCAGAGGAUGUGAGCGACUUGGCGGCACUUACUCCCGGUCAUUUCCUGGUCGGGGGUCCACCACUUUCCAUGGCGGAGCCAGAGUCCAGAGAGGAUGUGGAGUCCAUCCGCAAUCGCUGGCAACGGCUCAAGGCUCUCCAUCAGCACUUCUGUAACGGUGACAUGGUGGUCAUCAGAGAGGAGAAUAUACCACCACAAGAAUGGCGCCUUGGGCGUGUGCUAACCGCUUGCCCAGGCGCUGAUGAAAGGGUCCGUGUGGUAGACAUCCAGACGUGUCGUGGUGUUUUCCGCCGACCAGUUGCAAAGCUGGUCCUCCUUGCAACGGGACCCACGCUCUGA